AAGUACAAACAUGGCACCAGUAGCACAGGAGCCAGAAAUUGUUCUCGCUCAGAGAUUGGCUUCGAAUGAGAAACCGGUUCGGACUAACGCGUUAAAGGCACUAAGAAAAUAUAUUAAUCUCCGAUCUCAACACAUCGAAGGUGGUUUUACCAGUGAAGACUUGCUGAAAAUAUGGAAGGGGCUUUUCUACUGCUUAUGGAUGCAGGACAAACCACUUUUGCAGGAGGAACUUUCAGACAGAAUCUCUGGACUGACCCAAAGCUUCCACACAACAGACAGUCAGCUGCUGUAUUUUGAAAGCUUUCUCCAGACUCUGAAGAGAGAAUGGAAUGGCAUCGACAGACUUCGCAUGGAUAAAUUUUUUCAGCUGGUUCGCUUCAUGUUCAGACAGAUCUUCGUGCUUCUAAAGAAGAACAACUGGGACUUAAGUGUGGUCAAUAAGUUUUUAGAGGUCUUCACAGUACAGCUCUUGCAGACCACUGACCAUGUGCCAAACGGAAUGAUGCUGCACAUUCUGGAUCUUUACAUGACCGAGUUGGCCUCUGUUGGCGCUGAUGAGCUGACGGCAAAACAGAAUCUGACCUUCAUCGACCCUUUUUGCAAAACUAUGGCCAAAACCAAAGAUCGCUUGUUGUUAAUCUCCAUCAGCAAGAACAUCUUCAGGACCAUCAUAGAUCAGGCACCCUUUGCCAUUGAGGACUUGAUAAAAGAGCUUCAGCAGGGGAAAGCAGAAGAUUCAGACUCUGGGCAAGCCUCUGAGGAUGAGGAGGAAAUUGAAUUGCAAGAAGAGUGGAAGAGCAAAGCAUCAAAGAUGUCUAAGGGAAAGAAGGUUAAUGGCAUCUCCGAGGUGAAGGAAGACAUCAAGGAGGAUUCUGAAGAUGACUUGGGCUUAAACGACGACGAUAACUUGGAGGCUGAAGAAAUUGGUCCCGUCCUUCAGUUUGAUUAUAGUGAGAUAGCUGAGCGACUUUUUGAGUUGGCCAGCCGCUCAAAUACAAGGAACUUCAAUCGCACAAAGAUGUACAGCUUGGUAAAGAUAUACCGGAACCUAAAGGAAGGUAUUUUCCCGCAGGAUCAGCAGCAGGAGGAGGAUGACCUGAGUGACAGCUCGGAUGAUGAGUUGUUUCCUGAGAAUAAGAAAAAGAAGAAGAAGAAGAAGAGAAAACAUUUGAAAAAAAUGAAUGAGGAGGAAACUUCAACCAAGGACACCAAAGAUCAGAAUGAAACCCUUAAUGAUACCACCGAAAAUAUCAAGAAAACAAAGAAGAGCAAGAAGAAACGUGCUGGACAUGACCAAACUGCAGAAUGUACUCCUGAAUUAGACUCUCAAACUCCCACAGAAACGUCACAGGAUCAAAAGAAAAAGCCUGAUGAAAGCACACAGCUGGAAUCACUACCAGAGGAUGACUCAGAACUCCAUCAGAAAUGUCACAACCAACUGCAGACUGCUAAAAGAGUUAAUGGUGCACCAGUGCUUCAAAAUAACAGAGCAGACCCACAAAGCCAGUUGGAGGCCAGUUGUGCUGGCAAAAAGAAGAGAAAAAGCAAAAAAUUGGAGUUAAGCUUAACGGAAGUAGAGUCUGAAUGUCCACUUGUAUCUGAUAAAGACCUGGGCAGUAAAAGUGACCGAGAGGUGAUUAAGCAGGAUGGUGCAGAACGUGUCAAAGCAAAAGCAAGCGAGGAGGUUGUAGCAGCAAGUACCACUACGAAGAAGCAGAAGAAAAGCAAGAAGCUGUGCUCUAUCUCUGAAGAAAUAAAGAAACUAGUAGAAUCCGAAUGUCAGGACAGCUGUGUGGACAGUCUGGAGACCCCUGCUGAUGAACCAACUUCAAUAUCGGUAAAGAAAAACAAGAAGAAGAAAAAAUCAAAAUUCUUGGUAGAUGUAGAGGUCACCGAGUCAUCUGCCGGCCUGAAGGCUGCUGCCAGUAGUAAACCCACAGUUGUGGAUGAAGCAGAUGUAGGUAAAUCCUCUGAACCCAAACCAGUAAAGAAAGCAAAAAAGAAGAAGAAAUCUGUUUCUUUAAUAGAGCCUGAAUCCGAGCUCGAAACUGAGGAACGAACAGUGCUUGAAGCUGCUCCUACAACCCAGACGGCCAUGCUCGAACAGCCGCCUUGUACCCCCACCCCAAAGAAAAGGAAGAAAACGCAGAAGAACCAAGCAAUGACUUUUGCCCAGAGUCUGGUGAAUGGAGUGUGUCAGCCUACAGAAGCUACAGAAUCACCCGUCCCGAAGAGCAAAAGCACAAAGAAGCAGAAAGCUGCAGCUGAGGAGCAAAUUGCUGAACUACCAGACAAGCUCUGCGAGUCCACGGUUGAUUGCAGUUCCCUCAAUCAUGUGAAAACAGCCAAAAAGAAACGGAAGAUGCAGACGGAGGAGGCGGGAACAGCUCAGAGUGAUGGACAAACUAAGAAGAAGAUAAGUAAACAGAAGGACGUCGAGGUUUCCAUUCUUGUAACACCCAAGAAGAAACUGAAGAUGGACAAAGAGAAGGCAAAAUCAGACUUGAUUACCUUUCAGGGUCUGGUGAAGCCUCCUACACCACUCUUCUGUAAAACUAAACCUAAAAGCAGUCCCAGCACACCUCUGACUGGCAUCAAGAAAUUCCAAACUCCAACAUCAGAAACAAAGAAGGUCACCUUUGGACUCAGGAACAAUAAAACCGCUGAAUUCAGGAAGACAGACAAAAGCUUGUCGGUAAGUCCUGUUGGACCAUCCCGGGUGGCCUUUGAUCCUAAAAAAAGGCCUGCAUCGGGCGUUCUGAAAUCACCCAUGGUUUCACCAGCCGUGAAGAGAAAUAAAACUGCACCCAAGAGAAGAGCGACGGCAGCAGAUUUCUUUUAACAGCAGAUCAGGCGUCUGAUUAUUUUUGCAGUUUGUUGUUUAUUAAUGGUGUUUAGAGCCUCGUUCUGGAAUGGCCAGGUUUAAAUGAUGGAUUUUUUUUAUGGAAAUUUCCUAAAUGUAAUCUUCCCUGAAUAUCUAAGGUUCAAAACCCUACAACCUACUGAGUAAGUCAGUUGCUUUUUAUAAACAUGGCAAAUGUGGACAUUUAGUUGAUUGUGUCUUUCUACGCUGUUUGGUUUUGUUCAGCCGUUGUCUGUAAAAUAUUUGGAGCCGUUCAGUUUGUGAAGAGAUACCAACCGAAAUUAAUUUUGUAAUUUUGUCCGGUUUUGUGACUUUCAUAGUUUUAUUAAAGAUCACUAUUCAU